UAACUUCCGCCUCUUUUUCGACGACGACUUGCUAAAGGAAAGUUGUGUUUUUCGUACUUUUUGCCAAUUCACGUUUCGUGUCAAGAACCUAAGACUUAAACAUGCGUUACGUGGCUGCUUACCUUCUGGCCGUUCUCGGUGGCAAGGACUCGCCCGCCAAGGGAGAUCUGGAGAAGAUCCUCAGCUCUGUGGGCAUUGAGGUCGACGCUGAGCGUCUGACCAAGGUCAUCAAGGAGCUGGCUGGCAAGAGCAUCGAGGACCUGAUCAAGGAGGGUCGCGAGAAGCUCUCCUCGAUGCCCGUGGGUGGUGGUGGUGCCGUUGCUGCCGCCGAUUCCGCCCCCGCUGCUGCUGCCGGUGGUGACAAGAAGGAGGCCAAAAAGGAGGAGAAGAAGGAGGAGUCCGAGUCUGAGGAUGACGACAUGGGCUUCGCUCUCUUCGAAUAAGCGGAGUAACUGGCAAAUAUUCUGUGCACAACACAUGCGAGGCGAAGAAGCAGCGUCCUGGAGAAGCACCGGCCAUAAUUUUCAUAUGGCCGUGGUCUACACAAUUAUUGUCUAGCCAUCCAUUGACCAUUUCUACGUAAUAAAAAUCAGCAGUGUUUGCACUUUAUAUAAACCGA